GAAAGGAGUAUCCGAUGGCGAAACGAAAACGAAGAAACUUCACUCCCGAGUUUAAAGCCGAAGUUGUUCUUGAGACUCUCAGCAGUGAAAGUUCCCAAGCAGAAGGUGUCCUUGGGAGAACGGAUAUGCUCAAAGACUUAUCCGCACGCUCAAGGAAGAAGAAGUUUAUCUCAACGCCUAUGACGACAUCCACGAAGCGAGAGCCCGCAUUGGGCAUUUUAUUACACAGGUGUAUAAUCACAAACGCCCUCACUCGGCGUUAGAGUAUUUGACACCUGUGGAAUUUGAGCAAAAAAACUUGUCUUAACUUUGCUAAAUUUUGGUCUGAA